UAAUACUUUUUCUUUGUCAAAAGCUUAUGGGCAUAUUUUUCACAAAAUAUACUUCCAAUUUCCGCCAUUUCGCCACCGGAUCAAUCGGAGUGCACUGAAGGCCGAGUAAGCGGCGCCACCAUGGAAUACCAGAACAAGCACAUCCUCGCCCCCAUGGUUCGCGUGGGCACUCUGCCGCUUAGGUUACUGGCAGCCGAGUAUGGAGCUGACAUCACCUACGGGGAGGAGAUCAUCGAUCACAGAAUUUUAAAAUGCGAACGGCGUGUGAAUGACUAUAUCGGGACUAUCGAUUUUGUGGAUAAGGGAACAGGUGAUGUUGUUUUUAGAACCUGUCACGAGGAGAGAAAUAGGAUUGUGUUUCAGAUGGGCACCUCUGAUGCUGUCAGGGCUCUAGCUGCUGCUGAGUUAGUAUCCGAAGAUGUUGCUGCUAUUGAUAUCAACAUGGGGUGCCCCAGGUCAUUCUCAGUCAGUGGAGGAAUGGGUGCUGCAUUACUCUCUAAACCUGAACUUGUCCAUGAUAUCUUGGCCACAUUGAGGAGGAAUUUGAACAGCACAGUAACUUGUAAGAUUCGUCUGCUCAAUUCAUCCCAUGAUACAGUGGAACUUUCACGUCAAAUUGAGAUGUCUGGGGUUUCUGCACUUGCUGUUCAUGGAAGGAGAGUUAAGGACAGGCCUCGAGAUCCUGCAAAGUGGAAUGAGAUUGCCGAUGUUGUUUCAGCAUUAUCUAUUCCUGUUAUAGCUAAUGGCGAUGUCUUCGAUUAUGAACAUUUUAAACGGAUAAAAAUUGCUACUGGUGCAACAUCUGUAAUGGUGGCUAGAGGUGCUCUGUGGAAUGCUUCAAUUUUUCGUGCAGAAGGGAAUUUUUCUUGGGAGGAUAUUAAGAGAGAGUACUUGAGGAAGUGUAUUUUGUGGGACAAUGAUGUCAAAAGUACCAAGCAGACUUUGAAGGAAAUGAUAAUGCACUACUCCUGCCUUGAACUCACAGAAGGAAAAGCUGUAACUAAAUCGCAGACUUUGGCAGACAUUGCAAAAAUAUAUGGAGAAGAGGUAUAUUAUCAGUUCGUCACUAAAAAUCGCUGAGGAUGUAUAUGAUUCGCAUGUCAAUUAAUCUCCC